AUGGCCGAUUCGUCAUCGUUCUUCUCAUCGGCCUUCAGCUCGGCAAAGAAUCUGAUUCCUUUCGCCAAAAACACUGAAGACAAGCCAAUCGACUCUGAUGCUUCUGCUGAAGCGAAGGAUGCCAAAGAUUCUGCUAUCCAAGAAGCCGUUCAGAAUGCAUCUGCUGUGAUUCAAGACGUCUUCUCUGAUGCUGUUGACAAGUUGGAAGAGGUGAAAGAUGCUGUCGUUGAGAAGGUGAAUGGAGAGGAAAAGAAGGAUUCUGUUGAGGAGAAGUUUGAUUCUGUUCAUGUUGGAGUUGAUGGUGAUUCUGCUGCUUCACAUGAAGCAAAGGAGGAUGAUAAGGAGGAUGUUAAGGAGGCUCAAGUCGUGGUCAAGGGAGUUUUGGCUGAUGGAACACAGAUUGUUGAAGGAGUUUCUGCUCAUGCUGAGGAGCAUGGAGAGCACAAAGAAGAGGUAGCUGAGGCUCAUGCCGAGCAAGCUCACGCAGAGCCAGCUCAUGAAGACGCCAAGUCAGAAGAGCACAAGGAAGCCGCUGCUCCAGUUGAGGAAAUCGCUCAAGCCGUUCAUGUCGAAUCGGUUGAAGCUGCUCCAGCUCAUGCUGAGGAACAAGAGGUUCCAGAGGGAGCCAGAAUUGUUUUCAAGGGAGUUCUUGCUGAUGGAACUGAAAUCAUUGAGGCUGUAUCAGAGCAUCCACCAGUUGUUCAAGAGGAGUCUGCUCCAGCUGAUGCUGCUCACGCUCCAGUUGAAGAGCACAAGGAUGAUGCUGCACCAGCUACUGUCGAAGAUCACAUUGAAUCAGUUCAUGUGGUUGCUGUCGAAUCAACACCAGUAGCUGAAACACAUGAGGAGUCCCACGCUGCUCCAGAUCAAGAACAAGAAAACAAGGAAGAAGCUGUUCCAAGUGUAGAGGCUUCUCAUGAAGAACACAAGGAGGAAGUUGCUGCUGUUCCAGCUGCUGAGGAGUCUUCUGAAACUGUUCACAUUGCUGUAAGUGACUCAGAACCAUCUCAUGUUGAUGCUCCACACACUGAUGAUGCCCAUGUUGAACAUGCUGCUGCUCAAGUCGUUGAAGACGUCAUUGAAGCUGUUCAUGUUGCUGAGAACGAAGCUGCUCCAGCUUCAGCUGAGGAUCACAAAGAGGAGGCUCACGCCGAACACGCUCAUGCUGACUCUGCUGCAGUUGAGGAACACAAACAAGAAGAUCACGAAAAUUCUCAGGAAGUUGUAUCAGUUCCAGUCGAAUCUGCUUCAGCCGCGGAAGAUCACAAGGAAGAGGCCGCAAAGGAGGAAACUCCAGCUGCUGAGCACAAGGAAGAAGCCGCUGCAGUCGCCGAACCAGCUCAUGAGGAGCACAAAGAUGAUGCUGCUCCAGUCCAUGAAACCCCAGCUGCUGAAGAGCACAAGGAUGAGCACGCUUCAGAAUCAGUUGAAGACGUCAUCGAGGCUGUUCAUGUAGCUGCCGCUGAAUCUGCUCCAGCUGCUUCAGAAGAACACAAGGAGGAAUCUUCCCCAGCUGCCGAGGCAUCUCAUGAGGAACACAAGGAUGAUGCAGCUCCAUCGGAGGUUCACGUUGAAGCCCAUGGAGAAGAGCACAAAGAAGAAGCUUCUGCUCCAUCUGAAGCUGCCCCAGAAGCCCCAGCUACAUCCGAGGAACACAAGGAAGGAGCUGCUCCAGCUGCUGAGUCAGCUCAUGAAGAGCACAAAGAAGACGCUGUCACUGCUCCUGCCGAUGUUCCACUCGAGGAAGUCUUCGAGGCUGUCCAUCUAGCUUCAACCGAAGCUGCUCCAGCUCCAGAAGAACCCAAGGAGGAUGCUGCUCCAGUAGUGGAGGCUGCACCAGAGGCACACGCUGAAGCUCAUGCUGAGGAACACAAGGAGGAAGCUGCUUCAUCAGAAGUUCAUGCAGAAGAGCACAAGGAAGAGGCUCAUGCCGAGCAUGCUGACGCUGCUCCAGCCUCGACUGAGGAGCACAAGGAGGAAGCUGUUCCAUCGGAAGCUGCUCCAGAAGCUAACGAGGAAGCUAAAGAUGUUGUAUCAGUUCCAGUAGAAGCCGCACCAGCUGAAGAGCACAAGGAGGAGGCCGCUUCAUCCGAAGCUCACACUGACGCUCCAGUUGAGGGAACCAUUGAAUCUGUUCAUGUUGCUUCAACAGAGUCUGCACCAGAAGCCCCAGCUCAUGAAGAACAUCACCAGGAAGUUGCACCAGUUGCUGAUGUUGCUCCAUCGGAGGUUCAUGUUGAAGAACACAAGGAAGAAGCUGCUGCUCCUGCUGAAACUUCAGUAGAAGAUGUCAUUGAAGCUGUUCAUGUUUCCUCCACAGAGUCCGCUCCAGAAGCUCCUGUUGCCGCCGAAGAGCACAAAGAGGAAGUUGCACCAACUGCUGAAUCAGCUCAUGAAGAACACAAGGAAGAAGCUACUUCAUCCGAAGUUCACGUCGAAGCUCAUGCCGAAGAGCCAAGUCAUGAAGAACCAGCUCAUAUUGAUGCUGCUCCAGCGCCCGUGGAGGAGCAUCAUGAAGAAGCUGCUCCAUCUGAAGCUCAAGAGGAAGUUCACUCUGAGGAACACAAGGAAGAAGCCACUCCAGUCGCAGAAGAUGCUCAUCAUGAAGCUCCUCUUGAGGAAGUCGUUCAAGCCAUUCAUGUAGCUGCAACUGAAUCAGCUCCAGAAGCCUCAUCAGAGCAUCACGACGACGCUGCACCAGCUGAGACACCUGCUGCAGAAGCCGCUCCAUCAGAAGCUCAUUCUGAUGCCCCAGUCGAAGAGACCUUUGAAUCCGUCCAUGUUGCCUCUACAGAAUCAGCCCCAGAAGCCCCAGCUCCAGCUCCAGAAGAGCAUCACGAACAAGCCCCAGCCGCCGAAUCAGCACCAGCCGCUGAAAAUCAAGUAGAAGAGGUCGCAGUUGCCUACCACGUCGAAUCAGUAGAAUCUGGACCAGAAUCAACAGAAGCUCCAACACAAGAAGCCGCCCCAGAAUCCGCCGUCUCCCCAGAUAUCCAAGAAGAGUCAUUUGAUGUAGUGCAUGUUCACAGUGACGCCGCCCAUCCCGAGACCGCCACUCCAGAAUCCGGAAGCGAGGAUACAUUCGAAAAAGUCGAGCAUUCACAAGUACAAGAGGCACCAACUUCCGAAGAGCCAUCAAACCACUCUUCGGAGCCUGAAAUUGUGGAAGACGUUAUCGAAAAGCAAAUCGUCGCCGCAGUUGCUUCAGCUCCAGAAACUCAACAAGAAUCGCCGAAAAAGCCGAGAACACUCGCUGAAAUGUCGCACGAGUCCGCUUUCCCAGUUCCAUACCGUAGCAAGCUCGUCGAGCCGUUCGAGCCGGGACAGACUCUCAUCGUGAAGGGAAAGACUGGAGAGGACUCGAUCCGCUUCACUGUGAACCUUCACACCAACACCGCCGACUUCUCCGGAAAUGACGUUCCACUUCACAUUUCCGUCCGCUUCGACGAGGGAAAACUCGUCUUCAACACCUUUGCCAAGGGAGAGUGGGGAAAAGAAGAGCGCAAGUCGAACCCAUACAAGAAGGGAGACGACAUCGACAUCCGCAUCCGCGCCCACGACUCCAAAUUCCAAAUUUUCGUCGACCAGAAGGAGGUGAAGGAGUACGAGCACCGUGUGCCACUCUCCUCAAUCACCCACUUCACCAUCGACGGUGAUGUUCUCGUCAACUACAUCCACUGGGGAGGAAAGUACUACCCAGUCCCAUACGAGAGUGGACUUGCCGGAGAGGGACUUGCUCCAGGCAAGACUCUUUCUGUCUUCGGAAUUCCGGAGAAGAAGGCCAAGCGUUUCCACAUCAAUCUUCUCAAGAAGAACGGAGACAUUGCUCUCCAUCUCAACGCUCGUUUUGACGAGAAGCACGUCGUCCGCAACUCGUUGAUCAACUCCGCAUGGGGAAAUGAGGAGCGUGAGGGCAAAAUGCCAUUCGAGAAGGCCGUCGGAUUCGACUUGGAGAUCCAUAACGAGCCAUACGCGUUCUCGAUCAACGUGAACGGCGAACGUUUCGCUUCGUAUGCUCACCGUCUCAGCCCAGACGAGGUCAACGGACUUCAAAUCGGAGGAGACGUCGAGAUCACCGGAAUCCAAAUCGCCUAA